GAAGUUCUGCACCUCCUUCUACCCGCACAGUCGCUUUGCACGGAGCACGGAACGCGACGCUGAAUGCUGAAGAGCCAGGCUCUUUCCUGUCAAAAGGACCGGCUAAGAGCGAUGUCUCAGGCAAGGGUCCGGAGCAAAACGGCCGAGCCGCAGCUAUGGCCGAUCUGUGGCGAAGGUUUGAUGGCAACUUCUCUGGGUUUUGCGAAGCCCUGGCCGUGGGCUCAUUACAGGACACCAGCAUCUCCGUGACACUCGCCCAGCCCGAGGAGCCUGAUUGCCCACUUGUUGGCGUCAGCCAGGGAUUCCAGCAGCUGACCGGCUAUGCCCGGGAUGAAGUACUUGGCAGGAAUUGCCGGUUCCUGAACCGCGGCUGUGCGAUUCCACAGGAGGACCGUUUGCGACUCCGUUCCUGUGUGCGGAGUCAAGGAAGCUUUGCCGGCCUCCUCCAGAACCGCCGCAAGAGCGGGCAGGUAUUCCUGAACUUUGUGUCCAUCCAUACGCUACGUGUUGGUUCCAUCUUUUACAUGCUUGGCUUCCAGGCAGACAUGACCCAUCAGCAAAGCGACAGCCGAGCGAAUGUACAGCGGCUGGUUGAGUUCGAGCUGGACACGAUCGUCUCCGCAAUCCUGCACGCCCAGAAGGACGUGUUGUCCCGCCUGCAGGUGCUCGAAGAUUUUGACCAGAAAGCCUGGCUGCUCCGCAAGGACCGGCAUGCCUGCAAC